GCUGGCAUCACGGUUUGGCGUCUCCAAGACUGGUGUGCUCACGCCCCUGCGAAGGCUCUUCUCUUCAGACCCUUCGAGGUUCCUGGCCCGGGACCUGCCCGAGGCAUCGCUUAGCAGAUUCUUUAAAGGAUGGCCUCAGAUCUGGAACUGCUAUGCGCUUAUGUAAAUGAGAAGAUUGGCAAUAUUAAGAAAAUUCUGUCGUUAAGAAAUCUUGGCCAAGACCCUGCCUUGAAGACCACCUUUAGAAAAAUAGGAGAUGAGAUUGUUAUGGUAAAUGAGCUUCUAAAUCAAUUUGAAUUGGAAAUUCAGUAUCAAGAACAAAUCAACAGUUCACUCAAGGAGCUCUGUGAAUCUCUUGAAGAAGAGUUUAAAGAUGUGGAGCAUCUCAAAGAACACAUUCCUUCCCAUUUGCCUCAAGUGACAGUGGCCCAGAGCCUAGCUGACAAACCAAAUCUGGACCCUAAAGAACCAGUGGAAGCUGAGGAACCUGUACUGGCAAAAAAGCCCCCCAAAGAACAGAGAAUUAUUAAGGAAAUGCAGUUUAUAACUACUGCCGAGUUUGAUGGCGUUCCUGCGUACAUGAAAUCCCGUUUAACAUAUUGUCAAAUUAAUGAUGUUAUUAAAGAAAUUAACAAGGCAGUAGUUAGUAAAUACAAGAUUAUGUAUCAAUCAAAAGCAUCUAUGAGUUCUGCGAAGAGAAAUCUCUACCAAAGAUUUAUUAAUGAAGAAACGAAGGACACAAAAGGUCGUUUUUUCAUCGUGGAAGCUGACAUAAAGGACUUUACAGCUUUGAAAGCUGACAAGAGGUUUCAUGUGAUCUUGAACAUUUUGCGGCAUUGCCAGAGACUGUCAGAGGUCCGAGGAGGAGGACUUACCCGAUAUGUCAUAACCUGAGGCUUUUGCAGACUCAAGACUGACAGUAGGGUAUAGGUGGUGUGGUAGUCUUGAAAUUUUAUGUUUUUAGCUUCUACAUUUCCUGGCCUUGUUUCUAAUAGAAAUAAAAUUUUGUUUGGAUGGAGCAUAUGUAUUUUAAAAAUGCCUUUAGGGACGUGGAUAAAGCUGGAAUCCACAACAAAGACAUUAAGUCAAAAUCAGAAAGACAAAUCCUGUCGCAUAUGUGGAACCCAGACUUAAAAUAUAUGUGUGUAAGUGUGGGUGGAGAUCAUGAGACCAGAAGUCUCAGGAUCCUGAGAAGUAAGGAGAAGGGAAGUAAGGAGAAGGGAGGAAGAGAGAGAAUGAUGUGAUGGAGAGCAGCAGGAAGGAUUAUCUGGCAACCAGCCAGGGGAGGGGUAGCAAGCUCAGGGAAGGGUAGGGGCUGAAUUAGAAUAAACUAUAGUGACACACCAGGAAUGAAAAUGUAGUAAGGAGAGUCACUUCUUUAAAUUCAUUAAAAAGGCCCAGACCUUCAGCAAAUACUCAAGCACUGCUAGGUUGGACCUCUGCACAAGGUGUGCAGUGGAAAGCACGUCUGUUACCUGGACAGUGCUACAGGUACCAUGAGCAUAAGCGGGAUGUCGGCAAAGACUGAGGGUGCCCAGGCCCUCUGGUUGUAAAGUCUGAUUUCUGUUUUCCCACCAGCCCUUAUGGAACAGCUUACCUAAAAUGCAUUCAGUACAGGCCAGCCUGUAGGCCUCAACCUAUAAUGAAGUGUAUUGUGAUGCUGUGAUUUAUAGUGUAAUAAAUAUAUAUCAUAUCUUU